AUGUUCUGUGCCACCCCGGCUGGCCCUGACGGCGUUCUUAUGUGCGACGGUUUAGACUUCAACACAUUCUUUUCAACACGGGUUAGAGAGACGCAAAAGAUGCUCGCCAGCUUCAUGGCCGUGGCCAUGCUUGGAGGUUGGUCAUCGAUAAGCACGCCGUAUUCCGUACGCCAAUAA